AUGGGGGUACUUGGGGAUGAACUACUUCUUCGUGACGAGGAAGAAUGCGCAAUUCAAGAUACAGUAAUGGCUUCAAUUGCCGCAACCGCCUACACGUCCGGUGGAAACGUGGCUUUCACCAACGGCAGGAACCUUCACAAGUACAUGGACGCCUUCCUUCCAACUCUCUACGGUACCUCCACGUUAACCAAUCCCACAUAUGACGCACAAUUCAAAUGUGUCAGCCAUUCCGAUUGGUAUGUGGAAAUCGACAAGAACACCAGUUCAAUCUUCGUCGCCGCCUCAUCGCGAUUUGGAUCGAUUGGCGUUGUGAAUCCGUUAAAGCACGACAUAGCUACUGAUGUGUUAUUCAACGUUGCUGGUACGAAGCUGUACAGGAUCGACACUGAGGGUCUGCCAGGAACUUACACUCUUUCGUUGAGAUCUCCUGGAGCAUGCUAUGUGCACGUGUACUCGUAUGGUGGUGCCAAAGUCUACACAGAGUUUGCAAGUACAACAGCCGACGAUCCGCUCGGAUCACACAUCGAUGGUCAACAUCCACAUCCAGCUCCCGGAGCACGUACUAUCGCAACUUUCCACCUUGAAGGAACACCUGGUCAUGAAGGCUACCUUCAUUAUGUGGAAGCGUUCAGCCAUGCCACACAAAAGGUGGUUCUGCGUUCGGAUCUUUACCGGCGUUCUACGUGCACAUUCGAGUACUACUCGGAUCCGUUCGUAUGUCAGGAGGAAUCACUGGAAUUUUCGAUUUACGGUGUGGAUGAAUGGAAUCAGGAGUUCCGAAGAAUGGAGCAGUUCUUCUGCGUCGAUCAUGGGCACAUAGGGUCCACUGCGGUGCCAAAUGUGACGCUGUCAUCUCCAAUUCCUACCACAACCCACUCGGCUGUACCCCGUUUCGAUAUCUUGUUCCUCAUCGAUGUCAGUAAGGAAGCGGAAAAUGGAUUCGAUGAUAUGUAUCGCUUCGUCGCGUCACUGAUGUCCGCUUUCGACGUCUCACAGCAGAACGCUCGCGUAGCGCUGAUAGCUGUCAGAAGCGAUGAAAUGGGUUCGAUCCCGGUCGCGAAGUUUACCAAUAUUAAUUCGUAUCGUGUCCUUCUUGCUUAUGUUAAUCGGACGAAGCUAUACGCCGAUUUCAAACAUGAUGGUCAGGCAAUUGAAGAGUGA